AUGGAAUCCAAAGGAGCAGCUCAGUGGAGCUCGAUUAUAGUUCCUUCUGUUCAGGAGAUGGUUAAGGAAAAGAUGGUCACGACCGUUCCUCCCAGGUAUGUUCGGCCUGAUCAGGACAAGACUGAAGUCACCGAUGGUUCUGGUCUAAAUACCGAGAUCCCAAUCAUUGACAUGAAGCGGUUAUGUUCCUCAACAACCAUGGGCUCUGAGGUUGAGAAGCUCGACUUUGCUUGCAAAGAAUGGGGAUUUUUCCAGCUUGUAAACCAUGGAAUAGAUCCAAGUUUCUUGGACAAAAUAAAGUUGGAGAUUCAAGGUUUCUUCAAUCUUCCCAUGGAAGAAAAGAAGAAGUUUUGGCAGCAACCAAAUGAGAUCGAAGGUUUCGGACAAGCUUUUGUGGUUUCAGAAGAUCAGAAGCUCGAUUGGGCAGAUAUGUUCUACCAUAUUGUGCAACCAAUUGAAGAACGCAAGCCUCACUUGUUCCCCAAGCUACCUCUUCCUUUUAGAGAUACUCUGGAGACGUAUUCUACUGAAGUGCAGAGCAUAGCUAAGAUCUUAAUAGCAAAAAUGGCGAGAGUCCUAGACGUCAAACCAGAGGAAAUGUUAAAGUUGUUUGAUGAUGUUGAUUCGGUCCAGAUGAUGAGGAUGAACUACUACCCACCGUGUCCACAACCUGAUAAGGUUAUCGGACUAUCUCCUCAUUCAGAUCCAAACGGACUCACCAUACUGUUGCAGGUUAAUGAAGUUGAAGGUCUCCAAAUCAAGAAAGAUGGGAAAUGGGUUCCUGUUAAACCUCUCCCAAAUUCUUUCAUUGUCAACAUAGGAGACGUCAUAGAGAUCAUAACAAAUGGGACAUAUCGAAGCAUCGAGCAUCGAGGAGUUGUGAACUCAGAGAAAGAGAGGCUCUCUAUUGCGACGUUUCACAACCCUGGAAUGUAUAAAGAAGUUGGUCCAGCACAAAGCCUCGUUGAAAGGCAGAAGGUUAGAAAAUUCAAAAGUCUGACCAUGAAAGAGUAUAUGGAUGGCGUGUUCUCUCGUACACUCGACGGAAAAGCUUAUCUCGAUGCUUUGAAAAUAUAAAGAAAGUAAUGCCUUGCGUCCUAAGAAACUCUACCAUAAAUAUAUACUCUGUUUCUCCUCGUGUGUUUUCUUGAUUGCUGCAAUAAACAAAUCUAUAUGAACUUAUAAUAAGAAUGCUUCUACGUAUUGCUAUAAUAAGAUGAAUGUACGUUUCCGUUUCUUAAUGUUCGUUGUUGCUUAAAGCGUUAUCUAAUAAUAGUGAACACAUGAUUCACACACUGUUAUCGUUA